GUGUUACACAUCUAAAUGUGAUACCAGGAAAUUAAAGUUUGUGUCAUUUACAUCUUUUAAUCUUAAACCCAGAUGUCUCCAGUGAACAACAAAAACAAAGGAAUGGGCCUCGUUCCAAAGGUUUUGGAGGUGACUGUAUGGAACUACACUACUUUUAGUGUCAAAAAGGUUUGUUUUUAAACGACAUAAGAUCGUGAUAAUUGUCAGUUUUUUAUUAAUUUGAUGAAGUUAAUUAAGAAAAUGGAUACUGUGAAGAUAAACAGCAGAAAUGUGGUUUUUAAUUGAUUUUCCGGCUGUAAAGCUUUGAACGUGUUCGCAGCAGGUGCUGCUGCUGUAGCAAGCGCAUCGACUGACGGAGUUUACCGAAGUUUCCCGAGCUCACCGGAGCGUACCGAAGCUUGCCGAUAUUUGCCGAGACUUGCCGAAGUGUAACAGAGUUCAAUCGAGUUUACCGGAGUGCAGCGGAGUGAGUUUAUUGUACUGUUCCAGGAGUGUCUUUAUUGUCGUGUGUCGGCAGAGUGUUUAUCGGAGCGUGACUCGCAGCAGAGCCGCCUCGCAGCGCCCUGAAAGCGGGUCCAGGAUGAGCGAGCGUCCGGAGCCGCUGCUGGAGCUCAAGCAGCAGGUGAGCUGCAGCAUCGACGGAGCCGCGGACAGGCUGCACCGCCUCAGCCGGGACAUCUGGAGCCGCCCGGAGCUGGCUUACCGGGAGACCGAGGCUCACGAGCGGCUGGCGGCGUUCUUCAGCGAGGAGGGCGGCUGGACGGUGGAGCGCCGCUUCAAGCUGGACACCGCCUUCCGCGCGCGAUGGCGGAGCGGCGGCGGCGGCGAGCGGCGGGCCGCCGUCACCGUGGGCUUCCUGUGUGAGUACGACGCGCUGCCCGGCAUCGGACACGCCUGUGGACACAACCUGAUCGCGGAGGUCGGAGCUGCUGCGGCCGUGGGGCUCCGGGCGGCGCUGGAGGACGCUGCCCGGCGGCGGGAGCAGGAGGGCUCCGGCCCGCCGGACACCGUGGAGGUGGUGGUGUUGGGGACACCUGCCGAGGAGGACGGCGGAGGGAAGAUUGACCUGAUCGGGGAGGGGGCCUUUGAUGACAUGGACGUGGUGUUCAUGGCCCACCCGCUGCAGUACGACGCCCAGCACCUGCCGCUGGUCGCCGAGCACGAUGUGAGCAUCAAGUACCAUGGGAAGGCCUCCCACGCCUCCGCCUACCCCUGGGAGGGCGUCAACGCUCUGGACGCCGCCGUGCUGUGCUACAGCAGCCUGUCUGCGCUGCGGCAGCAGAUGAAGCCGGACUGGAGAGUUCAUGGGAUCAUCAAGCACGGAGGAGAGAAGCCCAACAUCAUCCCCGCCUUCACGCAGCUGGAGUACUACCUGAGAGCGCCGUGCCGGGCGGAGCUGUCCGUGCUGAAGGAGAAGGCUGAAGGCUGCUUCCGAGCCGCCGCCGUGGCCACCGGCUGCACGGUGGAAGUGGAGUACGCCAAGAACGCUUUCGACAACCUGCUGCGCAACCGGACGCUGGAGGAGCUGUACGCCGCCAACGGGAAGGCUCUGGGCAUGGAGUUCACCACGGACAAAGAAGUGCUCAGUAACGCCUCUGGCUCCACAGACUUCGGAAACGUGUCGUUUGUCGUUCCGGGCAUCCACCCGUACUUCUACAUCGGCUCCAAGGCUCUGAACCACACGGAGGAGUACACCGCGGCGUCAGGGGACGACGCGGCUCAGUUCUUCACCCUGAGGACGGCCAAGGCUCUGGCCAUGACGGCGCUGGACCUGCUGCUGAGGCCAGAGCUGCUGCAGAAGGUCAAGCAGGAGUUCAGCCAGGCCAAGGUGGCGGAGGAGGAGAGGCUGAGGUGAGGCAGGCCCUCACACCACUUCAACCUGCUGGAGCAGAGGAGAACCACGUCUUAACAGAUAAUCUCGUAGUUUUUGUGAUUGCGCCUAAAAAAUGGAGAAAAUUCACGAAGAACUGCUCAAAUUAAACUCAAUAAACUGGACUGUAUCAGAAGACGUCUGACUGAAUUUGACCUUUGAGUGUCUUUAUCUGUUUGUUUUUUUUUAACUGGACUUUGUACAGUUUCCUGGAAAAUGCAGUAUGAAUAACCGUGGGUUGAGUUUCCCUGGGUGUCGACUGGCAGGCUCACACACCUUCAGUACCCAGCUCCUUUAAGCCCAGUUCAUCCAGCUGUGAUCGCAGGGCGCCCCGACCAAUCACAGCUGACCGCAGGGGAAGGCAGGGGACACCUGAGGAGAGGACAGGUGGGGACAGGGACACCUGGACAGGUCAGCAGUCCGUCACAGGACAAACAUCGAGACAGGCAGGACAGGGUCUCUCUGGACCAGGCCUUUGUGGGCAAAGUUUGCAUGUUCUCUCUUUUAUCAGUCGAAUCAAUACUGAAUUUAUUGAUAUAUAAUUUUACAGCAGG